AUGUCAAACAAAGUGCUUACAGCCGAUCGAAGAUUUGUGACGCGUAAUAAUAAUGAAUCUACCGCGGAGCCUGAAUCUUUGGCUGGAAAAAUCAGUGUGAAGGACCUUGGCUCUAGAGCUACUCAUACCAAGGUCGAAAAAGACACAACUGAUAAAAAGAUCAAAACUGAAGUAUCUGAACCUAAGAAACGAAGUAAAAAAGGCAUUUUGAGAUCAUCAGACGCUGGUACUACUCUUGUUGAAAUGUCGGGUUAUGCAGAAGGUCUUAACUACUACCCCAGAACGCCUGAAACUCGUGAAGCAUUUGAUCUCAUCAUGUCAUGGAUUCAAGCAUUUUUAGAGGACGUUCCCCAUGAGACAUUAAGAUCUGCUGCAGAUGCUGCACUCACUGUACUCAAAGAUGAAAACAUGCCGGAUAAAGAAAAGAAGACUGAAAUAGAGGAUAUUCUUGGCACUAAAAUUUCUGGCGACAAAUUCAGCGAACUUUUGAAAUUAUCAAAGCGAAUCACUGACUAUAUCGAUGCGGAGGAAGAAGCUGGAUUAGAGGAAUUAAGAAUCAAUGAAGAGACAGGCGUUGCUGUUAAUUUUGAAGGUAGUGAUGAUGACGACGAUAUACCUAUUGAUAGUGAUGACGACGAAGAGAGUGAAGAGGAAGUUAUUCAAGGGCCCAAUAAUGAAGACGCCAACGAUAUGAACGAAGAAACAGAAGUAAUAGGAAACAGAAAAAAAAUUCAACACAAAGACGACAUUAUACCAGUACAUGAAAUUGACGAGUAUUGGCUUCAGCGUCAAGUAGGAUCUAUAUACUCUGAUGCUCAAGUAACUCAUCAAAAAACUGCUGAUAUUUUUAAAAUUUUGUCAUCACCUGCACCACUGAAUCAAGUUGAAAAUGAACUAAUGGAAAUUUUUGAUUUUGAACAUUUCGAAAUGACAAAAAAAAUGUGCAAAAACAGAGAUCGAAUUGUCUGGCUCACUCGAUUGGCCGAAGCCAGUACGGAUGCUGAAAAGGACGAAGUUAAAACUGAAAUGGUCCGACGAGGUUUGGACUCAUUACUUCGAGAAAUCCAUGGUUCGGCUAGUAAUGAUAACAAUGAUAAUGAUGUUGACAUGGAAGAUGCUCCUAUUGAUAGUCAAUACCCUAGUAGUUCUAUUGAAAGACAGCCUAAAGUUGUGGACCUUGACAACCUGGUUUUUGAACAAGGUCAUCGCAUUAACAAUGUUAGCGAAUUACGACUCCCUGAAGGCACAACAAAAUCAGUCACCAAAACAUAUGAGCAAUAUGACAUUCCUCCACCUCGACCAGCCCAAAAAAAUAUUACUCUUGUUUCUAUAUCAUCUCUUCCUUCUUGGGCUCAACCUGCAUUCAAGACUACAAAGACCCUAAAUCCAGUUCAGUCUUCGGUUUUUCCUUCGGCAUUUAACAGCAGUGAGAAUCUUUUACUUUGUGCUCCUACUGGUGCUGGUAAAACAAAUGUUGCUCUUCUCACAAUUCUUGAAACAAUUUCACAUUAUCUUGAUUUGAAAACUAAUAACAUUGAUUUGGAUUCAUUUAAAAUAGUUUAUAUUUCUCCUUUAAAGGCUUUGGUCCAGGAACAAGUCCGAGAAUUUACUAAGAAACUUGAAAGUUAUGGAAUUAGGGUUGCCGAACUUACAGGUGACAGAAAUUUAACGAAACAGCAAAUUGCUGAAACUCAGAUGAUUGUUACCACACCUGAAAAAUGGGAUGUUAUUACUAGAAAAUCCUCAGAUACUAGUUAUACCAAUCUUGUCCGCCUUAUUAUUAUUGAUGAAAUUCAUUUACUUCAUGAUGAGCGUGGUCCUGUUCUUGAAAGUAUUGUUUCAAGAACUCUUAGAAGAGAAGCUUCAACUGGUGAAGCUGUCAGACUUGUUGGUUUAUCUGCGACUUUACCCAAUUAUAAAGAUGUUGCUAGAUUUCUCCGGGUUGAUGUUGAUAAAGGGAUGUUUUUUUUUGAUUCCUCUUAUCGCCCAACUCCUCUUGCCCAAUCCUACAUUGGAAUUACUGAGAAAAAGGCUUUUAAGCGUUACCAAGCAAUGAAUGACGCAUGCUAUGAUAAAGUCCUUCAAUAUGCUGGCCAGCACCAAGUCAUUAUUUUUGUUCACUCAAGAAAAGAAACUGCUAAAACUGCCAAGUAUUUGCGAGACAAAGCGGCAGAAGAAGGUACUUUAAGAAGAUUUUUAAAGAGCGAUUCAGCUGCUACGAAGCUAUUAACUUCUGAAAGUGAAUCGGUUCAAAAUGCUGAUCUUAAGGAUAUUUUACCAUCAGGGUUUGCAAUUCAUCAUGCUGGUCUUUCGCGUGCCGAUAGAACUUCUGCCGAAGACUUGUUUAGAGAUGGCUAUGUCCAAGUUCUUGUUUCUACAGCUACACUAGCAUGGGGUGUCAAUCUUCCUGCACACACAGUUAUUAUCAAAGGUACACAGGUAUAUUCCCCUGAAAAAGGCAAAUGGACAGAGCUUUCUCCCCAAGAUGUUCUUCAAAUGCUUGGUCGUGCUGGUCGUCCUGGUUAUGACAAAUCUGGUGAUGGUGUCAUUAUCACUGCACAUACUGAAUUAAGUUACUACAUGUCAUUAAUUAAUGCAAGCCUUCCUAUUGAAAGUCAAAUGAUGGCUAAAUUGGUUGAUAGUAUCAAUGCGGAAGUAGCACUUGGAACUAUAACGUCACGCAAGGAUGCUGUUGAGUGGCUAGGCUACACCUAUCUCUAUGUUCGCAUGUUGAAAUCGCCAAAAGAUUAUAGAGUUGGCGAAGAAUAUGCUAGUGAUCCAACAUUGAUAAACAAACGUCAAGAUUUAUCACAUUCAGCGCUUUUAGUUUUGCAUGACAAUAAUUUAGUGCGUUAUGAUCCCAACACUGGUGCUGUAAAACCAACUGAGUUAGGUAGAAUUGCCUCUCAUUUCUACAUAUCCCAUACUUCAAUGGCCACAUACAAUAGUAAUCUCAAGCCGUUUCUUACAAAUAUUGAAAUUUUCAGAAUUUUUUCAAUGUCUGAAGAGUUUAAAUAUAUACCUGUUCGACAAGAAGAAAAACUUGAGCUUUCUAAGUUGUUAGAAAAAGCGCCUAUUCCGGUCAAGGAAACUGUUGAAGAGCCAUCUGCAAAGAUUAAUAUUCUUCUUCAAGCUUAUAUUUCUCGACUUAAAUUAGAUGGGUUUGCACUUAUGGCAGAUAUGGUUUAUAUUACUCAAUCAGCAGGCAGAUUGAUUCGCGCAAUGUACGAAAUUGCUCUUCGAAAAGGAUGGGCCCAACUUACCCGAAUCACUUUAGAUCUUUGCAAAAUGGUGGAAAGGAGAUUAUGGCUUUCUAACUCACCAUUCCGACAAUUCCCUAAUGUUCCUGGUGAUGUUAUUAAGCGCACAGAAGCUUCUCAGCUUCCAUGGUCAAAAUAUUUUGACUUGGAUAGCCCUGCUGAAGUUGGUCAAGUCAUUAGACUAGAUAGUAAGGGUUCGAUGGUUUAUCAAAUGCUUCAACAAUUUCCACGCCUUCAUGUUGACGCUCGCUUUAGACCAAUAACUCCAAGUUUACUGCGUAUUGAACUUGCUAUCACCCCAGAGUUUACCGAAUGGAAUAGAGAUAUCCAUGGAACAGCAUUAACUUAUCUUUUAACGGUCGAAGAUGGCGACGGUGAAUCAAUUUUAUUUAGCGACUAUUUCAUUCUUCGUGAACGUUAUUUCAACAGUGAAGAACCACAUUAUGUGGACUUUACUGUCCCAAUUUCUGAGCCAAUCCCUCCUAACUACUUUGUUUCGCUUAUUUCAGAAAAGUGGUUGCACUGCGAAAGCAGAAUUGUUCUUCCUUUUAACCAUUUGGUUCUUCCCGAAAAGUUCCCUGCGCAUACGCCCAUCUAUGAUAUGGAGCCAGUUUCUGUUUCAUCACUUGGAAAGAAGUUUAAAAGUCUUUUUGAUUUUGAUUUCUUUAACAAGAUUCAAACCCAAACAUUCCAUGCACUUUUUAACACUGAUGACAGUGUAUUUAUUGGUGCCUCUGGCGGGAAUGGAAAAAUUGUCUGUGGAGAACUUGCUUUAUUGAGACAUAUUUCUGAAGGAAACGAAGGAAAGGUUGUUUACCUUGCACCAUUCCAAGAACAAGUUAACGAUCGUUAUAAUAAUUGGGUGAAACGGUUUGGCAGCGUAAUCGAUGUAUCAGAGAUUCAGAAGCUCACUGGUGAGCUUUCCGCUGAUUUGAAAUUACUAGAAAACGCUUCCAUCAUUUUGGCAACCCCAGUCCAAUGGGAUUUAAUUUCCAGAAGAUGGAAAAAGCGCGCUAAUGUGCGAGAAGUAUCUCUAGUUAUUGCUGAUGAUGCACAUUUAAUUGGUGGCUUGAAUGGAGCUAUUUAUGAAAAUGUACUUUCUCGUUUUCGUUUUGUUGCCACUCAAGAAGAACAACCGAUUCGCAUUAUUGCUUUAAGCGUGUCUCUUGCAAAUGGAAAAGACUUUGGAAAAUGGAUUGGUGCAACAUCUCAUUCUAUUUUCAAUUUUCCUCCAGGUGAACGGCAAGUUCCUUUGGAACUUCAUUUGCAGUCAUUCAGCAUUCCCCAUCAUCCUUCAUUUAUGAUUUCGUUAGCACACCCUGCUUACUCUGCUAUCAAAAACUUAAAAGAGCGUGAAUCUACACUUAUUUUUGUUGAAAAUCGAAAACAAUGUAUUAUGACUGCUUCUGAUUUAGUGAGGGUAUCACACGCAGAUGGAAACUCAGACUGCUUUUUGCUAGCGGAAUCAAUCAAACCAUUUUUGGAUAAGGUACAGGACGAAAAUCUUAAAGAAAGCUUAGCAAGUGGCAUUGGAUAUUAUUACCCUUACAUGGAGAAGUCAGACAAAAAGAUUGUUGAGCAUCUUUUUAAGAAAAAGGCUAUUCAAGUUCUUUUGGCUACGAGAGAGUCAUGCUGGUCGUGCCCUAAAGCAACCCUUGUCAUUAUUAUGGGUACUCAACUUUACGAAGGACGGGAGCACAGAUACAUUGAUUAUACCAUUGCUGAAAUUUUGCAAAUGAUUGGCAAUGCUAGUGAUUCUAAGAAUUUCAAUCAAGCCUUAAUUUUGACAAAUACUUCUAAACGCGAAUAUUAUCGCAAAUUCUUAAGCGAGGCUCUUCCAAUUGAAUCUCAUAUGCCUUCUUAUCUUGCUGAUGCAUUCAUUACAGAAGUAAGCGAAGGAAUUAUUAGUGCUAGAAAUGAUUGUAUGGGCUGGUUGAUGUAUACAUACUUCUUCUCCCGGUUAACAGCCAAUCCCACCUUUUAUGAUCUUAGUGACACAUCGUACGAUGGAAUCAAUGCAUUUUUAUCUGAGCUUGUUGAAAAUACAUUGGAUAGCUUGGCCGAAGCGAAGAUGAUCGAGUUGGAUACUGAGUCAGAAGACUCUAUUACACCUCUUAAUGGUGCAAUCAUCAGCUCUUAUUACAAUGUCUCUUAUUAUACUAUGCAGACAUUCAUUCUUUCUCUUAAUGAAAAGACUCGACUUAAGGGCAUGCUUGAGAUUGUCACAUCUGCUACAGAGUUCGAGUCAUUGCCUAUCCGAACACAUGAAGACGAGCUUCUUGUCAAGAUUCACAGUCACCUUCCAAUGAAGAUGGCUCGCUUUUCGCCUUACUCAGCACACUUCAAGGCAUAUGUUUUGCUAGAGGCUCAUAUUUCCCGAAUCACACUUUCUCCUGAUCUAAUUGCCGACCAAAACAUUGUUUUGAGCAAAGUUAUUUCUUUACUUGCAGCAUGUGUUGAUGUUCUUUCUGGCGAAGGUAAUCUUAAUGCCACCUAUGCCAUGGAUCUCAGUCAAAUGAUUGUCCAAGCUAUUUGGAACAAGGACAGCCCAUUGAAGCAGAUUCCUUACUUCACAUCUGACAUGAUUCAACGCUCUAAAGAAGAGAAUAUUAAAUCUGUUUAUGACUUUGUUAUGAUUGAUGAUGAUGUUCGUGAACGCAUUCUUCAAAUCGAUGAAGAGGAUCCUCGUAUGGUGGCUAUUGCCAAUUUUGUCAAUAAAUAUCCCAACAUUGAAAUUUCUUAUGAACUUAUUGAAGAAACCAUUGUGGCUGAAGAACAAUCUACUGUUUUGGUUCGGGUUGAGCGCGAAGUUGAUGAAGAGGACCCUGCUGUUGAUGUCACUGUGGAAUCACAAUUUUACACUCAACCCAAGGUUGAAAACUGGUGGCUGGUUAUUGGUGAAACCAGCACGAACCAAAUAUUUGGUAUUAGAAGAGUCACGCUUUCUAAACCUCAGCAGGAGUUUAAGCUCAAGUACUCUAUUCCUACAGGUGGUGAGCACAAACUUUCUAUUUUGUGUAUGAGUGAUUCCUACUUUGAUGUUGAUAAAGAAAUUGAGUUUUCGGUGCAAGUUGAAGAAGGGGAGUCUGAUCAGGAAAUGGACGAUGAUGAUGAGUAA